AUGUCUUUUGGUCUAUUUAAUGUAUGGGGAAUCUCAGACUAUGAAUGUAUAAGUCAGAAACCUUCCCUCAUCAUUAAAAUUAUGCUAGGAGGGAAGAUGAUGGUUAUACCUGGUCCUGGUGGUACUUUUUCAACGUACGUCGUUUCAAGUUUAUGUCUUUUCACAGGAGACGAAACUCGACUUGGAAAUGGCGGCCAACGCGGGGGAUACCAAGAAAAAGAAAAAGGUGAUGAAGGGGAGAAUGCUCCGAGUGAACGAGUUGGCAUGAAGGACCAGCCAAAAAAAGAAGAGGCAAGGAAAAUAAUAUAUAUCGAGGUUGCGUGUUACGUCGUUACAUCUACAACAUAUCCAUCCUACCACAUUCAUGCUUUAGAAUAG